AUGGCCAGCCCGUGCGGCACCCCCGCGCCCGCCGAACCCCCUCUCGAUCCCCGCAUCGCGUGGGCCAACUCCAUCCGCAAGAUCGUCACCCGACCCGACGCAAUCAACGAGGACGGAUCUCUCAACCAGCAGUUCUUCAAGCCCAAGAAGGUGGUGUACGCCGCGGAGAAGGCGAAGUGGAACGACGACGACAAGGAGAACCUCUACAAGGGCAUCGAGAAGUUUGGCAUCGAUCCUUCCUCGUGGAAGAAGAUCAUCGAGGAGUUCUGCCCCGGACGGGACGUCCUGUUCAUCCGCAUCAAGGCGAGCAGGCUCAUCGGGAGCCAAGGGCUGAACCGGUACCACGGCUGGAUCGGCACCAAGGCGGAGGUCGAGGCUGAGUACGAGAGGAACAAGGCGAUCGGGCUGGCGACCGGGUGCUGGAAGGGCGGCAUCCUCGUGGAGAACGAUCACGGAGACGCGAUGAAGGCCAUCCGGGAGAGGGAUGAGAGGGAGGCGGCGGAGGGCGUCGCGCCCCCGGGCAAGAGGACCAAGCACAACUAA